GGCAUUCGACCUUGACGUUUUUCAGCAUAGUUAAACGUUUCGAUAAUGACUCUGUUAUCGUGCCACAACCAAAACUAUGUCUAGAGGAACGGGAACACGUUGCUUCGAUGUUUUAAAGAAGGCGACUCCUGAUGGAAAGUUGUCACUGUUUUUGGAUCGAAGAACUUUCGUUGAUCAUUUCGACCAUGUUGAUCCCAUAGAUGGAAUACUUACUAUGACCCAAGAUGUAAAGAAUACAGAAUAUGUUUUCCUAAUAUUCACAUGUUCAUAUCGUUUUGGUCGUGAUGAUUUAGAUGUAUUAGGAUUAACAUUUCAAAAAGAAUUAUUACUUUAUACAAAAUGUUUAUGGCCUAAUCAUCCAUUUGAUGAUAAUGGUAAUACUAAAGGUAAAAAUAAGAAAUGGAAUAAAACAUGGAAAAAAAUUAAACGUUUAUCAUCAAAACGUAAAACUGAUUCAAAUGAACAAAUUUCAUGUACUAUAACAAAUGAUGAUCCAUAUGGAAUAUUUUCGGAAACAUUAAAACAAACCGAUUUAUUACCAUUUCAAAUCAAAUUAUUAAGUAAACAUGGUGAUUUAGCAUUUCCAUUUCGUAUAAAUAUACCUACAUCAUCACCGUCGUCAGUUGCGAUUCAACCGAAUGAAGACGAUUCUCGAAAACUAUACGGUGUCAGUUAUACACUGACUGCAUUCGCUGGUCAAAAACUUCAUACCAGUCAACCAAUUAGCUCCACUGUAACAAUUAUUUUAAGAAGAUAUAUCGCUGGACCUAAACUAAUAAAUCGUCCCUUAUAUCCAGUAGCUGAAUCAACUAAUAAAACAAUCAAUUUCUUAUGUUAUUCAGGAGAAGUGGUUCUUACAGCAUCUAUUGAAAAACCAUUAUAUUACCAUGAUGAAUCAGUUAAUGUAUUAGUAGUAUUGGAUAAUUAUUGUAAUUUAUCCGUUAGAAAAUUACAAAUAGCAAUUGUUCAGGUUACUGAAAUGUACUUAUUGACAAGAGGAACAUAUCGGUGUACGAUAAGUGAACAUUUAUGCAAAGAGAAUCUUCCUCAAGCUGGAGAACAACAAUGGAAGUAUACAACAGCAUUAGAUACUAGUUUUACUGAUUCUAUAUUAAAACAAGGUGUUGCUUUAGAAGGUUAUAUUAAACAAGAGAAAAAUUGGUUAGCUUCAUCAACAAUAUUGAAAUUAUCUUCAGAUCUUGGUGAAUGUUUAGAAAUGAUGCAAAAUAUUCAAAAAAAUGUUGAGGAAUCUACGGAAACGGCAAUCAAAGCGAAUAAAGAAUUACAUGGAGUUGUUAUAUCAUACUUUGUUCGUGUUAGAUGUUGGAUAGGGAUCAGUCGAUUUUCUAUCCAUAUACCAUUUUUAUUGAUGCAACCAGAAAAAGAACCUAGUCCUAUAAAUAAUAAUAGUAAUAAUAAUAAUGAUAUACAUUUAACUACUCAUACUGUUCAAGCUGAUGUAGUAGAAAAUCAGCCAAUUGAAAAUCAAUCAGAAGAUAAACAACCAAUUGAAAUACCUCAUAAAGAUCAAGAUUGAUUAUUGUAAAUCCUAGUUGAAGUAUCUAGGCAAAAAAAAACAGUUUAGUAAUUUGUUUAUGUAGAAAAACAAUUUUUGUUUGUUUUUUCGUUGUUUUUUUUUGUUUUUUUCUCCUUUUUGUAUAUCACAGUUGAUUGUAUCAGUUGUACUUUAAAGUUUAUAUUCUAUAUUGAAAAAGUUCUGUAGAAUAAUGAAUAGAUUUUUAAGUUUUAA